GAAUGGGUGGUGCUAUCUCGUUUGUACUCGUUUGCCAUCUUUUCUUACACACAACGUUGGCUCUGGACAAUGGACUUGGAACAACUCCCGCCAUGGGCUACAACUCUUGGUACGACUUCGGUUGUAGCGGUUCUCUAAACGAGACAAACGUGAUGGCUACGGCUGAUUCUCUGGUCAACAGCGGACUCAGCAGACUGGGAUACGUUUACAUAAAUCUUGAUGAUUGCUGGGCAAGUGGACGUUACAGCAAUGGUACCGUCUAUCCGGACAGUAAACGAUUUCCCAGCGGCAUGAAAGCUCUUGCAGACUACAUUCACUCUAAAGGAUUAAAGUUUGGGGUUUACACUGACCGUGGAACUGCAACGUGUGGUGGUCGACCUGGCAGUCAAGAUCAUGAAGAAAUUGAUGCUAAGACUUAUGCAUACUGGGGAGUAGACUACGUCAAAGAGGACUCCUGUCAUGCUUCAGGAGAUCGCGAAUCUGCAUUCACACAGUACGCAAAAAUGCGAGAUUCAUUGAAUGCUACAGGCAGGCCUAUUUACUAUUCCCUGUGUGGCUGGAAUCGUUGGUAUGCUCCUAUUGGCUACAGUUUGGCUAAUAGUUGGCGAAUUGGGCCUGAUGACAGCAAUUGGGGAGCAAUAUUGAAGAAUAUUGAUAUCAAUGCAAAUUUAGCCAAUUAUGCUGGUCCAGGAGGAUGGAAUGAUCCAUGUCUGUUGCUGGGAGCAACUUACACUGGCAGUCUCAGAAUUACUGAAAUGCAGCAAAGGACUCAGUUUAACAUGUGGGCUGUGAUGGCAUCACCACUUCUUCUCAGCUCAAAUGUGAGGAAAAUAUCUUCUUUUGCUGUUGAAACCUACUCAAACAAGGACGUCAUUGCAGUUAAUCAGGACCCGAUUGGUCGACAAGGAAUUCGUCUGGCUGGCACCGAUUUAUCAUCUCAAACUCUUCCACCUGCUCAUGUGGCACCAUGCAACUCGUCUUCAACUUCUCAGCUAUGGGUGUGGGAUACAGACCUUAUUGGAAUGGUGUUUACUGGGAACGAGGAAAAGUGUUUGAAUGUCAAUAAUUGCGGCACUGAUGUUAUAUACUACCACUGUGUGAAGUCAGGAGGUACCUGUUGUGGUGCGAGUUGCUAUAAGAAUGAGUUGUGGACAUUAACGAAUUCUGGUCAGUUGAUAUCACAACUGACAAACAGCUGUGCAACCGUCAACUCUGACAACACCAUCAGUCUUCAAAAGUGUCAACCAGACCAACCAUCACAGAAAUGGUCGUACAGCAAUGAAACAGAGACAUUCGUGACGCCUAAUAAAAUGUGUCUUGAUGGCAACCCCGAGAUAUCUUCAGGUGGAACUAACGUAUGGGGUAGGGAGCUUGCAGAUGGUUCUUGGGCGUUGGUUUUUCUCAAUGCAGGAACAUCAGCAGCCAACAUUACGUGUGAUGCCACGUGCUUUACUUCCACAGGAUUUGACAGCAGCACUAAACUCUCAGUGACAGAUCUGUGGAUGCACACAGAGAAUGGCACUACAACAGGAGGAGGUUUCACUGCAAUGAAUGUGCCUGCUGAUGGUGGUUCUGUAAUGAUUAAAUUAACAAGACUUUAAUUGCAGCCUUUCUGUUUGUGACAUUUGUAUGGACGAUCAGUGUGCUUUCUAAUUUCUCAUUUUAAUGGUUCGAGUGUCAGUGUUGCAGCAUCAACAAUGUUACUGAUGUA